AUGAUUUGGACUGAGGAGCACAACAUAAUGUUGUGUAGAGAAGUGUUGGUGGUGGAACCAUACAAAUUUAAGUUGGGUUCUCGUGAGCGUGGUCAUUGCUGGGACACAGUGGCUAAAAAUUUAAAUGGUCUUGCACAUCCAUCCUUCAUGGUGGAUAAGAGGGCUGUUCGAGACCACUUUCUCAAACUAAUUAGAGACUUUGAGAGGAAGAUGGCAAAGGAGCAAAGGGCUAGUGGCAUUGCUACAGAAAUGUCUGAAUUAGAUGAGGCUGUAGAGACAAUAAUUGGGAGGAUGGAGAGAGCUGAAGAGGAAAUUGUCCAGACUGAUAGGAAAAGAAGUAAGGAAGUUGAGAGAGAGAGAGAAGCUGCAGAGAAUAUCAGGAAGAGAGCAAUGGAGACUGUCAGAGAGAGCAGAGGAAGGGAUGUAUCUGAAGGUGGUGUUAAGAAAAAAAGAAUGGAAAAUAAACUGGAAUGGAAAGCAAUGGAUUAUUUGAAAGGAAGGCAUGAUGAGGAGGUUGAUAUAAAGAAACUGGAGUUAGAGCUUAAAGAGAGGGAAUUGCGUUUUAGGGAAACAGCCCAUCAACAAAAUUAUGAAUUAAAAAAGCAAGAGUUGGAACUUAAAGAAAGGGAAGGAGAAGACAGGAGAAAAAAGAUAGAGUGCAUUGUAGAGCGUGAAACAAAAUUGAUGAAUUUGCUUCAGCAGCAGCAAUUACUUUUCAAUCAAAUUUCUCAGCAAAAUCUGCAUAUACUUGAUUUGCUGAAAAAAUUGACUGAAAAGUAG